GUUACCGAGCGGAGUCCAUCCCGGAGAGCAUCCGUGUCAGUUUUUGUCGCGACCGGCCGGAGCAGUAUGCCCAUGUUGGACAGCCUGUCGCCACCGCUCCAUCGCUGUGCGAGUGACCGGUGUAGAGCGCAUGCGUAACACUAGGCCUGCGCGGACAGUAGCUCAGCGUCAUGCGUGGUGUGCGUGCGUGAGUGAGGGAUGUGCGUUCUGCUCAACAACCACCGCGCGCCCCUGCAGCCCCCCCGUCGCACCCUGGAGAAGGACUGCAACCUGAGCCACCUGACCCAGACAGCGUCCUGGCUGCCACCCGCCGACGCCUGGGCCCGAGACAACAGCGGCGGCUUCCCCUUCGGCUGGGAGGAGGCCAUUGACAGCGAUGGAAAAUCUUAUUAUAUCAACCAUGUUAACAAGACGACUUCCUACGAGGAUCCCCGGACAGAUUGGACGGAGGAACCCCCUCAGCCCAGGACUGUCGAGCUCACGAGACAUCCGCUGCUGGGCUUCGGGUUCGUCGCCGGAAGUGAGCGCCCCGUCAUCGUCAGGUUUGUGACGGAGAACGGUCCCAGUGUGGGCAAACUGCAGCCCGGGGACCAGCUGCUCACCAUCAAUGACGAGGAUGUCAGGACUGCCCCCAGAGAUCACGUGAUCCAGCUGGUCAGAGGUUGUAAGGACACAGUGAGACUUGUAGUGUGUCAGCCUCCACUAGACAAUUCGACACGAAAAUCAGCCUUGCUCAGUUCGGCGAAGAAGGCGAAACUGAAAUCCAAUCCUUCCCGAGUCCGGUUUGCAGAAGGCGUUGUCGUCAAUGGAUCUCCACUGUACACGGCGUCUGCAUUCAGCGGAGGUGAGGGCGGUGUUCCGCUUAUGCCAAAUGUCCUCAAGGUCUUCCUCGAGAACGGGCAGACCAAGUCCUUCAAGUACGACUCGACGACGCGGGUAGGUGACGUGGUGGCGUCUCUACAGCAGAAGCUCUGUCUCAAGGCCAUCCACCACUUCUCUCUGGUGCUGGAGCAAGUCAAGAGUCUCAGGCGGAACAAGCUCACCCUGCUCAACCCCGAACACACACUCGCAAGGAUAGCCUCAAGGCCUGGCUCACACAACCUGCGGUGCCUCUUCAGGGUCGCGUUCGUCCCGCGGGAUGCCUGCGACUUAGCACAAAAAGAUUUGGCAGCUUUUGAAUAUUUGUAUCUUCAGUGCUGCAAUGAUGUGGUACAAGAAAGGUACGCUCCAGAGCUCAAGUACGAUAUUGCCUUACGUCUGGCAGCUCUUCAUAUACACCAACACGCCAUCUCCAACAACAUUCCUCCCAGCAAGAUUACUGUCAAGUCUAUAGAGAGGGAGUUUGGACUGGAAAGGUUUGUGCCGGUCUCACUGAUGGAGUCAAUGAAACGCAAGGAGUUGCGAAAACUACUCAGUCAUUUGCUCAAACUGAACCAAACCAUGACGGGGACUAGUCACAAGUGUCUAACGAGCCUGCAGGCCAAGCUGUAUUACCUGAGUAUCAUCAGCGAGUUGCCCAGCUAUGGCGCCAAGUGCUUCUCGACCAACAUUCGCGAUUGUAACAUGGAAACUGUUAUACUAGUCAGCCCUAAGUUAGGAAUUAGCCAAAUAAAUGGAAUACGGAAUAGUAUGCCUGUUCCUCUAGCCGAUAUAGAACACUUGACUCUCAUCAGGGUCCAGAGAGAGGACCAGAUCUCCAGCCUUGUCACGAUAUACCUGCCUACCGCCAUACAAAAGGAGGUGUCGGUCAGCAUGGAGGACAGGGACGCUGACGAGUUAGUGCUGGUGCUGCAAGGUUACUACCGUCUGCUGACGGGGAAACAACUACCCCUUGAGCAGGAAAAGGACAUCUGGACACAAGACCAAGCGCCGCUCUACCACUCCCAACAUGCUGUGCGGCCGGCGAGGUGGAGUUAUGCUGUAGAUUCGGAAGAGGAGCGGUACGCCAAUUUUGCCGUCUCCCCGCCCUACCAUCCAGUCUCUCACACCAGACACAUGAGAAGCAACGGCAGUAUGACUCUCACCAGGAGCCACAGUGACGUCAUGCAACCCAGCAACAACACGGUUGACAACAACAUGAACAACACUCUGCCGAGCAAGUUCAAGGACAGGAAUGGCUACUGCGGGAUCGGCUACAAACCCAAUGCCUUGCCCGGUGGUCCCCACAACAAGUUGGGCAUCGAUCUGCAGAGUGUCGUGUCUAUGGAGAUCCUUGAGAGUGACAUCGGCUUCGCGGAGGCCAGAAAUGAGGAGGUGCUUCGGAGGGUGGCAGAAAUGCAGGAACUGGUCGUCAACUCAGAGCAGUAUUUGACUCAGCACCAGAGAGAAACCAGUGAUUCCGAGAGCUCCCACAUUUCCUCUCAGGACUCCGACAAUCCUGGGCAGCUCAAACACAGUGACUCGCUGCUGUUGCUCACACAGGGGCUGCAGCAAGUUCCAGACUCUCUUAGUGAAGCCGUGCAGUCUCUGGAUUUGGGUGAGACUGAGAGUGACACAGACUCUAUCAGCACACCUUCUAGUAGCCCCUCACACCGCAACGCUUCUGGGAAAGAUCGGAAUCGAGACUCUGACUCAAGUUUUGGACUGCACAGUCCAGACAAUUUGGUGCCGGGAGCUGGUCAACAAGCACUUCAGGAGCUGUGGAAGAGGCUUCAGGAGGAAACUGCUCACCUAGGCUACGAGAUGACAGGAGGAAGUCUCUACUUGGAUCCUGACAUCAUCGACCUCACCCUGAUACCGCCUCCUAUCACGCCUGAGAAGGAGGGAGUGGGGUACGCGCUACCACCGGAAAUAAGCAUGCCACCUAUGCCUUUCGCUGACAACUCGUUAAACCUUGACGACAACGCACUUGGUUUGGAAAGCAAAGACGUCUUGAACCUGGACCUGGACUCAUUCCUGGCCACAGUGACGGUACCACCUCCGCAGCGCACAUCUUCCACGCUGGAAUUGACAAGCGAACAGAUCAGCUCCUUCAUCAUUCCUCCCCCUCCCCCCGUUCCUCCAGCAACUGACAUUGAGGCGGAGCCACCGCUUCCACCACCACCCCCUGAGAAGCCGAACGGCUACAUACCCAACGGUUUGGACACCGACAGGCCGAUAGAGAGGAGAGCUAGCACGGGGAGUCGUAGUGUCACAUUCUCCUGCUGCAGCAAGCCCCGCCAGCAGAGUCCUGACAACUCCCCCCUGUCUCUCCCACCCAGGGUGGGUUCCGUGGGAUCUGCCUCCCCACCCGGUCGGCCGCCUAAGCCUCCGAAUCUACCACCUCGAAGUGACUCCAUAUCAGGGGGCACUUUGACCAGAAAGCCUCCUCUGCCUCCUGUCCCUUCCCAGGAUGUAUCCCUGAUGAACGGCUACCUGUCAGUGUCACGAGAGGCAUGUGUGCUAGUCUCCGGUCUGUGCGAGAGGCUGGGGCAGGUAGCAGCUCAGUGUAAUGCGGAUCAAGCUCACGGAGGAGGUGCAAACAUUGAUGAGGCCAGAUUCCAGGAAGCGAAAGAAGCUCUGACGCUUGAAGUACGAAAGUUGGUGACGUCUUCGAAGCUCUUAGUCCGAAGUAGCAGCACAGCAAAUGCUUCCAACGCACCCUCGCCAGACUUCCAGACGCAUCUUGCCAGUUGUCUAACGCUACUUCGUCGACUGACCGAACUCAGCGGGAAAAUGGCUGCCCACACCUCUUCUCCCCUGCACACCCGCAACCUUGUCCUUAAGGUGCAAGAUGUGGUAGCCGUGUUUACGGACCUACUCGCCACCGAGGGGCAAGAAGCACAGCUCACCAAGCAGGCAGAAAACUUGGCAAGUGUGUUGGCAACACUGUUAAGGAGUCUUCGGGUCUUCACACCAUAGCACAUAACCUCUCCACAGGAAGUCUAGUGUGGCAACUUGCAGUACAGCAAAAAUCAAUGUGGCAACUUGCAGUACAGCAAAAGUCAAUGUGGCAACACUGUAGCCGAUUAUUGAGUUAUGGAACUACAAAAGAAUCAUCUCUGAUUAGGAUUCGUUUUCAAAAGGAUUGUGGACGUCAAUGACUUUUCAUUGAAUGGUUGAUGACUUUGCAACACAGUUCAUCGUGUAUCUUCAAUACUUGUCAUAGGAUUGUGGAAGAGCUAAAUUUGUUUUAACACAUUAAAAAGCUUUGGUUUUAACACAUUUAACCAAAGCAAAGGUCAAGUUACACAAAAUUCGCAACUUACCUAAAUGUGUGAGUGGGGGGACAGCAGUUACAUUUUUUUACCGGAAUUUUUUAAGUUUUGAUUACAUUUAUAUAUAUUGUCAUAUUAUCGAUAAUUCAAAGUGGAUUAUGUGCUCAUUUAUUCCAUAUUAUUGUUUCAACUCACAUUUUAUCUCCAAUUUUAUUCCUAAACAUAGUAAUUAUUAUGAUUUUUUUGUUUAAAUUCAAUUCAAUAGUUGCUCGUAUAAGAAGAAGCGGACAUUAUGAAGUUUGAAGUACACAUAACAGUGUUUGCAAAUAACAGAAAACUGACAAACCUUCAGACACGAUGGCUCGAAAGUGAUACCAAAGUGUAUAUUAACCAAUGAUUUGGUGGUGUGCUUUAUAACAUAUGAAAAACAUUUUAUAAAUCUUAUUUGUUGAUGUUGUUGAAUUUUUUAUUGAAUUUUAAGUGUUUUUGAAUGAAGAACUUAAAAUCCCUAUCACCUUACAUGUUUCUCCAAAGUGCAAGUGUUUUUUACUUAAAGAAUGUUUUUAAGAUAUAUAUAGCUAUGUAACUAUUUGGAUUAAACUUUUCAAUUCCUAGAUUUUUCAACAUUUUUUUAAAUUUAAGUCGUAUGAUUAAAGUCUGGGGUAAUUUAAGUGCCUUUUGGAAAACCAUAGAUUAUUUAUCAAUUAUGUUUGAUUAGUUUUUAUAAUGGGAAAAAUUGCGUUUCUGUAAAAUAACAUUAUUAUUUUAGUUCAUUCUUUAUGUUUAUUGUGAUGCAACUUCGAGUAAUUUAUACCUGACUUUUAUAUGCUUUUCAUUGUUUUCAGUAAUAUACACUUGCACUUUAUAUGUAAUUAUCUUUAUGUACAUUCUCACUGUAUAUUAUCUAAUCGCAUAAUUAAUUAUAUUAAUAAUGAUAACAAAGUACGUACGGCAAUGGUUUGCAAAAAGUGGUUUUAAGGCCUAAUAUGAUAAAUAUAUAUUACGGUUAGUGCCAUGAGUAAUUUCGCAUUUAUUUAUAUACCGAUGAUCACACACUCUGCCGUUUUAUUUGCCGUUCUACGCUUACAUUACUUAAAUAAAGUAUAAAAAUUUUUCAAUAUUUCAUUCCAACAAGUAGUAACUAAUGAUUAAUUGUGUAGUUAAAAUAUCGUUUGUAGGCGAAUGUAUAGUUAGUGUACAUUUUUAACUUAUCAAUAAAGUUCGUAACAUGGUUUCUUAAAUCUCUCAACCUAUUGCAACUUACGUCCGAAUAUUAUUUGUAUCUGACUGUAAUAAUUACUAAAAAUUAAAAUCGUAUUAAGUUGUGUAAAAAUUCUCAUUGUAUACAUUUUAUAUUUGUCCAUACUGCUUUGUAAACUGCGUAGAUUAGUGAUAAAACAAAGCCAAAUAUCUCCACCACCCUAUCACAAAUAUGUACUUAUUUUAUUUUUAUGUUAUUGUAUUUUUGUACAGUAGGAUAAUGCAAUAUUGCCAUUUCAGAUAUCACUGUCACCCCAACCCCAGAAUUCUGUAAAACGUUAUCCCACAAAUAGCCUACUUCAUAGCCUAUGUUUACGUUAUUUAGUAGAUUUUCUCGUUUAUGUCUAUCGAUGUAUAUUUUCUUCAAGUAUCAGUACACUAGUCUUUGCAAGUUUAAUAUUUAUACAAAACAUACCCAACAGUUUUUUUUAUUACAAUAAAAUUUAACACAAUUGUUAUUAGUAUCUUAUCGUGGGUAUGAAGUAUAUACUAUACAUUUAAAAAUUAAUUUUAUCAUUUAAAUAUAUAAUAUUAAAAAUAAUAAUAUUUAUAAAAUUUAAACCCCGUUUUAAAUAUAUACAAACUUUAUUAUUAGGACUUUUCGUAAUUUUGGUGUUUUUUAUUUUUCUUACCGAUUCAAUAAGUAAUAUAUCCCAAAUCGUAAAAGAAUUACACAAUUCUAGAGGAAACAUUCUUUUUAAUUUGAUUGCAUACGAACUAAUUAUUCAUUUCAACUAAAGAAAUUUUUUAAUGUAUCCUUUUACUUACUUAUUAAAAAUUUGUUGUUAAAGAUAAAAUACAACCUUAAAAUAUUGAAUUGUAAUUAAUAAAAACUAAUAUGCUAACUUUCAGAAAACGUACGCACACAAUUAAAUUUGUUUUCAAUUCCUUUUCUUUAGGUCUUCUGUAUUGUUUAUUUAGCUAUAAUAUUUUCUUAUAGUUAUUUUUUUUUAUUUUCCUUAGUAUAAAAUGUUUCCCGCCUUUUUUCACUAUCUCAACCUUCAAUGCAGGGUACUAGAAGAAAUGUCAAAGUAGUUUGCGUUUUUCAAUUAUUAAUUAAAUCUCUAUAUGUAAAAAAUAAAUUCAAUUCUACUAACAUUGGAUGUAAUUAUUGUAAUUAUUUUGCCGAUGUACAGUUAAGUUAAUUUUCACGCACAUCAUUUCUGUGCCAUUUAUAGAGAAUUGUCUUUUUUACUGAUAGGUUUUCGUGUACUUAGUACAAAAUUUGUAAUUUUUUAUGCGUUGUGUUGGUUCAACUGGUGUUCGCGGCAUGGUGCGAGCGAGCAUGCUAGUCAUUAUAAUGUUUUAUACCAGAGCAGCUGCAUCUGCUGAUAUGCGACAAUGUUAUUAUACUUACAUGUAAUAUAGAAUGUUCCAGUUAUUGCUGAAUCGGUGUCGAGUCUUAUCUCGACAUGUGGGACUUUGUGAGUGUUUAUACAAGACCAAAAUAGAUCAAUUGUAUUGAACAAAUUA